AUGUGCAACUCGUGUGAACUCGUGUUUUGGAUUAUCCUAAAUAAUAUCCAUUCAUUUACCUACUGCCUCGUGGUUUGGUGCAUUCUUAGCACUCCCCGUCCAGCUGUGACCAGGGCAAGGGUUGCUUCGAUGAUGCUGCUACUGCUGCUGUUUCUAAUCGAAGGAUCAACGGCUGACCGAGAAGCCCAGUGGGGGUACUUAGAGAAGAAUGGACCACACACUUGGGAGAAAACAUGUAAAAGCGGUUCUCGGCAAAGUCCGAUUGACAUCCGUGCAUCUGACGUUGUUUACGCCUCAUUAGAUCGAAUGGAAUUCGUUCAUUAUGAUCAUGUCGGUCCUAUAGACAUCACCAAUAACGGUCAUACAAUUGAGGGAAGUGGCUUUGAGAAAUGGGGUGAAAAACAGCCGUAUAUCGAAGGAGGAGGUUUAAAGGAUCGUUAUCGCCUUGUGCAAUUCAAUUUCCACUGGGCACAAUCCGAUCGAAACGGGUCCGAGCACGGAAUCGGUGGACUACAUUAUCCUGCAGAACUACAUCUUAUACACGUUCGUCACAAUCUCACAAUUCCAGAAGCCGUCAAGAAUCCAGAUGGUUUAGCGUUCGUUGCCGUUUUUCUCGAUCUUGGACUCGACGGAAACUCAACAUCAGCCAUUUCACCCAUAUUAGAAGAGCUUAUAAUUCCUGGAAACCGUUUGUCGAUCGAACAAUUUAGUGCUAAACCUCUUUUGCCGGCACAUACCGAAGCUUUCUAUCGGUACGAGGGCAGCCUAACGAUACCCGGUUGUGAUGAGGCCGUCAUCUGGACCGUGCUAGCUGAUCCUAUUGAGAUCACCUUCCCACAGAUGAGAAAUCUACGAAAAGUAAAAUCGAAGGACGGAGAUCGUUUCAGCUACAAUUAUCGACCGGUACAACCUCUUAAAGGCAUCACCCCACGAAUCUGA